AUGCCUUUUCUAGCCAAUAUUCUGGACUCAGUUGGACUCGGAGCUAUUCUGGCCAUCUUAGCUACCGGUUAUUAUGUCCUGUCAACCGCCUACUUAUGGUAUCGUCUCCAUCAUGUCCCUGGUCCUUUCCUAGCAUCAUUAUCAUACAUAUGGCUUGGCCGCCAAGUCUUGAACGGCACACAGCUCGAGGCUAUUGGGUCAGCCACCAAGAAAUACGGUUCUCUUGUUCGGAUUGGUCCCAACGAGCUCCUGACAGAUGAUCCGGAGGUCGUGAAGCGUAUGUCUAGCGCGAAGAGCAAGUAUUGGAAGUCGGAUUGGUAUUCUGGCAGUCGCUUCAACCCGUACUACCCUACUAUGUUUAUCACGCUGGACCCAGCAGCCCAUGAUAAGAUCAAAGCUCGAAUGACACCCGGCUAUAGUGGACGUGACAACCCUGGCGCCGAGGCGGAUGUCGAUGCCCAAGUAAAGAGUUUGAUCGGGUUGAUUCGCGAGAAGUACAUAGGGCACUCCGACAAAGGCGAGUUUCGUCCCUUAAAUUUGGCCGAAGCCGUAUCCUUUUUUACUGUAGACGUUGUCUCCAAGAUCGCACUUGGGAAUGCAUUUGGCUCCCUUGAAAGCGACUCCGAUUGCCAUGAGUUCUAUGGCACUGUGAGUAAACAUAUACCUCAGAUGGCCUUCACGGCCGACGUGCCGUGGGCGAGAGAUAUAGUGUACUCUACACUUGGCUUGAAGCUUUUUGGCCCAAAGGAAACAGACCCCAAAGGGAUAGGGAAGGUUAUGGGUUUAGUGAACAAGGCCGUACGAAAGUUAUUCAUACCAGGGGCUGAUAGAGAGGAGAAGACAUUACUGGGGUCGUUCGUUCGUAAUGGCCUUCCGCAGUCACAAUGCGAAGUGGAGACACUUUUCAUGUUUGCAGCUGGCUCCGAUACAACUGCCGCUGGAAUCAGGGGUACUCUGCUCUACUUAUUAUCAGCACCACAGGUAUAUCGGAAAUUGAAGGACGAAAUCUCGUCAGCUGUGCAGGGAGGCAAAGUCUCCAGUCCGAUCACAUAUUCGGAAGCUAGAGGAUUGCCGUAUCUUCAAGCAGUCAUUUACGAGGGCCUACGGAUCCGUCCUGUCACAUCCAGUAUGUUGGCGAAAGAAGUGCCCCGCGGCGGCGACAUUAUCGACGGCAAAUUUAUCCCCGGAGGGACAUCUAUCGGCACGAACUUCUUGAUGCUUCUACGCUCAAAGGAGGUAUUUGGCGAAGAUGCCGACUUCUUCCGCCCUGAAAGGUACCUGGAAGCUGACCAAGGCACUCGAGCCGAGAUGAAGCGACAUGUUGAGUUAAUGUUCGGCUAUGGGCGAUGGAUAUGUUCGGGAAAGCUCAUCGCGUUGAUGGAGCUGAACAAAAUUUACUUUGAGUUGCUUCGGUAUUUUGACUUCCAACUUCUGGACCCUCAGGCCCCUAUGUCUACCCUUUCCCAUGGUUUACUUAUGGACAAGGGGUUACUGGUGAGAGUUACGGAAUCUACCACAUAAACUUGGCCUGAAAUGCCUGCUCGUUCGACCCCUUUUCCCCAACUGUAGUCGAUCUUUCCAACGUCACACGGCCUUUGUAACGAAGACCGCGGAUCACGUACCUUGCUACUUUCACCAUGGUAAUUUGGCUCGACUUGUUAUUCUUGAAUGGGAAGCGUUUGCCCCCCUUUUUUUGGCCAAC